CCCCAGCAUCGCAAUAAUCUAAAUCUAAAUAACAGACCUACAACCUCCACUUCGGUACCUUCGGAAAAUAUGAGCAUGUUAUUCAACGCUGCGGAACUUCAAAAAUUAAAACAAGCUCUCCAUGUGACUGAUGUGUCUUGCGUGCCCCAACUUCUUUGUGCUGUUGUCCUGGAGAAGAGUGAAACGGUAAAAAGAUUGUUAAAGGAUGGACAUUACGUAGAUUCCUGUGCAGAGGAUAAGUCAACUCCUCUGAUGUGGGCGGUCCAUAACAAAAACCUCGAAAUAAUCAACGUGCUAAUUCAGCAUGACGCUGACCCUACUCUUCUGGAUAAUGAUAUCAACAACUCUGCCCUGAUCGCUAUUCAGUCAGCUUGUUGGGAUGAAAACGAUUUCUUAGAUUUUUGGAAGACAAUCAGCAGCAGAAUAGACAUCGAUCAUGGGAACAUAAGAGGCAACACUAUAUUACACUAUGCCAUUAAAAGGCAGUGGAACGUUCUGGUUGAUCAAAUUUUGGAAACUACUGCGAAUGUGAACUGUGCGAAUGCCAAGGGUGUUACUCCAUUGAUGAUGGCUGGCAUUAGAGUAAACUCAUCAAUGGUAAGUGCUCUUCUUCGAAGUCAUGCUGAUGUUUUUCAAGAAGAUUCGAAAGGUUGCACUGCCCUGUGUUACUCGAUUGCUUGUAGCAUGCAAAAAAAAUUUAAAGCACCACAUCCCUCGCUGCAGAAGCUCGUAUGUACUGUAAAUACAGUAAACUCGAACUUGACCAUUGAAAGUUAUCUGAAGAGGCGUCUAGAGCUUCUGAUCCAUCCACCUGUGUUGGCGAAUAAUUUUAUAUCAACGGUAAAUUCCAUAAUUCGAUCUGUAUUUGAAUUCUUCAUCCAGCAUAUCCAGUCUGGUCUCAAGAUCUUACUGAAUUUAGAUGCCUUUGGCAAGAUUCAAGAGGCGGUAGAUCAACACAUGUGUAAUUGGUUGCAUCUUGAAGCUAUACUAGGAAUUUUGAUUGAAUUACUUUGUUACUCUAAUUGCGGCACCAGUGGAAAUAUAUCUAACAUAUCGGAGACCGAACUGAUGGAUUUAUUCACCACUGCUGGGCUUCCUGAUACUUGUCUUCGUAUAUUGAAACGAUAUGCUGCAGACUCAAAGACUCGUUGGGUAGUGGCUUCUGGGUUGGAACCUCUGUUUGCCAAAUGUACAGCACAUGGAAAAGCUAGGGAAUGGUUGAGGAAGAAUUAUCACCAUCUGGAACCAUAUUAUUCCGGUUGCCCAUCGAAAAGUAAUGAAUUAUCGCGAAAACUGACUAAGAGAGAUCGGCAGCGUAAUCUCUGUGUUAAAACAAUGAAAUUUCGUUAUCUCAUAUCAAAAUACAAGCAAGGUGAUAAGAGUGUAACUUUACAAUCGCCACCAGAAUCUGCUCGACACGAGAGCAACCGAUCCAUCGGUGAACAUCCCUCAACCACAAGUGUGGGUUCUUCAAAACGACAACGUCAUAAAAUUAAAACGCUGAAGAUGAAAUUGGCUAAAAUAAAAGGCAUGACACUGACUGAACGCAAGAGUUCAUCUACUCAAAGUGAGGCCGGUAUUAACUAUGUUGCAACAAGUACUCGAUCUACCCCAUCAGGAGAUGUUACAGCGUGCUUUGACUUAGAAUAUAGUAGUUCUCAGACAAAUCUCGUAUCCGACUCGUUGCAUCGAGCAAAUGAUAAUGGUCCACAGAGGCCUGCACAGAAUGCAGAGAAAAUUGAGACUGUUUCAGGACAUACUGCCAAUAACAUGAGCUUGACAAAGAUCUCUACUGGUACUGUACACCAAAGAACUCAUACUGAUGACAGUUGCCCUAUGAAUAAAAUGGAGCUGUUAGAAGUAGGAGGCACCAAGGAAUUUCAGACAUCUCCUACAUUCAAUGAACCAUUGGAAUGUAUUUUGCAAGGGCUUAAUGCGAGCACCUCUUGCGACACUAUUUCUUCAUUUUCUCAAUUGAAUGAGAACAGGGACUAUCCAAAUGACGGAACUGUCCUCGGUCACACCAAUGACCUGGAUGAAACUGACAAUAUAAAUGAAUAUGCUAUUGGAAAUGUUGAGACUACGAUUUCCUAUCUCUCGACAUUGUUUGAAGGAAUUAUAUCUUCUUACAAAAGAAACUGGCAGCGUGAUCGAGAAUUGGGUUACCCAGGGUAUAAGGGUAGGCAAAGUGAUCAUAUGGCUACUACCGAGGAACAGCUUAAAAUAAAAACCGAAGAGAUAGCCAGGCUUAAUACCAUACUACCCAAACUGGAAGAUACUUGUAUCGAGAAAUUGACAGAAAGCUGGCUAUCUCUAAUGACAAAGAUUCGUCAAACAGCCAAUAAAAAUGUUAAGAAAUUCAAAAGCGUCAUUGCUUUACUCCAUCUACACCUACUUACUUAUCAAAUUUUUCCAAAAGAAGAUCUGGAUCAGAUCAACAAUUCUAGUCAGAAGGAUGGAAGUAUCGGUGACGAACGAAUGAUGAAAGAAGAAUCUGAUUCAGUUCAUCAAUCCAUUGGUGAUAUUUAUGGUCAAGAAUCUUACCAAUCUCGAGAAAUACAACACCAUUCUACGGUAUACAGUACCAACAACUUUUGUAGCAAAAGUGUACCAGAUAACGGUUUUGGUGAAACGGUUGUUGAGCAAUACCCACUAAAAUCUCAGGUCCACCAGUCUUGCAAUAAUGAUGAAAGUUUGGCUAGCCCGGGUAAUACUAAAGCUACGAUUUACACAGCUCAAGUAAUAGAAGCCCUACAGACUCAAGUUACCGUAAAUUCUACGACACAUACCGUUGCAGAAAUGUUGCAAACGCAUAGCACUGGAGUAUAUUCUUCCAUUCUAUCUACGCACCCAUUUUUACACAUGCAUACAACCACAGCAGCACCACUGACAUUCUCAAAAGAUUCCGCAAGUCUAAUUGAAAACGAUCGGACCCUUGAAAUUCACAUGCAACCAACAAACUGGGGUGCAUCAAAAAAUCAAACAUACAUUAGUCGAUGGGAUAUGUUGAUAAACGGAUUAAAGGCACGUUAUAAUCAUAGAAGUCAUCCCAGCAGCCAAAUUGUUCUCAGUGGAACUGAACAAAGAAAACAUUACACUAUAUCACCUGGUGGAAAUUUUGGACCUGUUGAAGUGGGUCUAGAUCGGGAUGGCAGUCCUUUUGCCAUAAGAAGAAUACAGAAGGAAGAUAGUCGACUAAUUUUACCUUCCUUAGCCUCUGUGCUCUCCUUUAGACAUAACCAUCUGCUACCGUAUCUGAUAUGCAUGGACGGUGGUACAGAAAUAAUUCUUGGCACACCACUGUGUGAGUACAAUCUUGGAGAAUAUUUGAUGUUUCUGAAAAUGAGUGCGGGACUAAAACAACGAUCGUUAGUACUCGUGAAACAAUUUUUGGCAGGACUAAGUUUUUUACACAGUCACAACGUGCCUGUUAUCCAUGGAAACAUCAAGCCAUCAAAUUUGAUGAUUGAUCGAGCAGGAGUACUGAGAUUAGCUGAAUUUGGUUUAUGGAAAUCUUUAUAUUGGUGUAGCCGUCCACCAAGUUCGUCUAUGAUUUGGUUUGCGAGGGAAAGUUAUGAGGCAUAUGAAGAUGGGGAAUCGUUCAACUGCACUUGUGCCACAGACAUACAGGUGUCUGGUAUGAUGGUGCACUUUAUAUUAACUGGUGGCCUUCACCCUUUUGGUACUCAAACCGGUGAAAUAAUUGAGAGUAUUAUAAAGGGAUAUCCAAGAAUUCAAUAUGAUGACUGUGAAAUCAGCGAUCUUAUGUCAUGGAUGUUGGUAUUUGACCCGGUGGAUCGUCCAUCCAUCAAUCAAAUUCUUACGCAUGUUUGUUUCUGGGAUACGAAAAAGAAAUGGUCAUUCCUACUUGCUUGUGCUGGAAUCACUGCCGAUGGUACAGAUCUGCCACUUCCAUUAGAUGCAGUACAUGGAGAUUUGGAAGCCAAAGCUGUAGCCCAGCAAGUUCCGGGGGACUGGUUGUCGGCGGUGCAAACACAGUUUCCCACAUUGAUGAUAAAUGAAGAUGAAUACUCGGAUUCACCAACAGGGCUACUAGUAUUUGUGAGAAAGCUAUUGAAAUCGAAGCCAACACCUUGCCCAUCCACCAUCCAGAAGUUUUUCAUGGGCGCAUUUCCUACGCUACCUCUGUCGCUUUAUCGUCUUCUGGAAACAACCCAGUGGCUGUCUCACCCUGUAUUCACACCUUUUUUCAAACUAUAA